AUGGCUGGAUCUUUAAAGCACUUCUUGCAAAACAGUGAAGAUUCCACGGAGACUAUCGAUGCGACCAAAUCUCAAUAUUCUAAAUCCGUAAUGUCAGUAACCGUCAGUAGACCAUCUGAAAUUUCAACAGAGGCGACUGCGGUAACAUCAGGUCCUGCAACAAAUGGCGGCGGUUGUAGCAGCAAAACAGCUUCUACUGAUGCAGAGCCCGAUGAAGCGAUGACACCAUUCUCGUCUACAGCACUUGAACAAUCCACUUCAGGUAAUUCAGUUUGUGUAAGAAGUUCGGUAAUGUCAGUUACCGAAAUACCUGCUGCAAGUGACACUUUCGAUGAAGGCUUUAAUAAGACUAGUGUUAACGACGCUCACGUUGCAUCUCGGAUAUCUGAAAUAUAA